UGUUUGAGAUAGCAGUAUUGGUUUAUUUAAAAGCAUACAUUUUGAGGUUGAAAUCGGCUUGUUUUUCUGGGAUUCUAUCUCGCAGUAGGGGCGUGUCAUUGUCUGUGUGUAUUUCCAUACUGGAACCGGAUACGCCGGCUUUUGUUUCUUCCCGCCCUCCAAGGGAAGCGUGGCUACUUAUUUAUGCAGCGCUCUGACCGGCUCUGAUAUCAAAAUUCAGUGAAGAUGGACGCCGCAAAGAAUAUCGCAGACGAGCUGAACCGUGGCCGUUACACCGAAAAUGUUUUGAAGUACUUCUUCGAAAAGCCGGAUGAUUAUGAACAAGCGCUCACUGAUUCUGAAGACGAUCUGAGCGACGAUGAAAGCAGCAUAAUAAGACUGAAUAAUAUCCCUAAUCUGCAACUGAGCGAAGAUGAAGACGAGGAAGAAUGUAUCGGACUGGCGUCAGACGAGUUGGACCGUAAGAUAUCAGAGGCUAUAUUGAUAGUAACAUUUGAUGGGGAUAAAGACAGAGAAAUGGUGAAAAUCCGUAACUUUGACUGUAAAUGCUGCACGAGGAGAAAAGAGAACUCUCUGCAUGGGAGACAGUCAUGUAGCCAGAAGCUUUCUCCAGAUAUUAUGUACAACAUACGGCUGGAUUCUUUAGCUGCGGAAAAAGAGUGGCAGGACAUGCGAAUUAUUGGACAUUUAGAGGCAAACAGACGCACAGUGCAAACUUCGGAGAUGAUUACAUCCACAAAGAAGACACCGACAAAGAGAAAGUGUGCCCGAACGACUUAUUUUAUUGGAGGCAACGAGAUCUGCAAGAAUACUUUUCUGUUUCUUAUGGGCAUUGGCAAAGACACCCUGGCUGAUAUAGUCAAACACUAUGAGGAGAAUGGCGCAAGACCACGUUUGAGGAAGAAGCACUCACUGCCACGUCCGCCAGCCAGGUUCAUCAGGCCUGAGGAUAUCAACAGAGUUGUGGACUUCAUAAAAAACUAUGCAGAAGACAAUGCCAUCAUGCUGCCUGGCCGACAGCCUGGGCAUAAGGAUUGGCAUGUGAAGUUGCUGCCAACUCAUGUGUCCAAGGCCUCAGUGUGGCGUCUCUACGUGAAGUCUGCUAAGGAGCUUGGUGAGCGUGCAGUUUGUAAAACCAGCUUCAAAGCACUGUGGGACCGACUUCUCCCACACAUCAAAAGUUGCCGGCCACGCACAGAUCUCUGCUGGCAGUGCCAAAGCAAUAAUGAGCAGCUGAUACGAAGUGCAAACCUCCCAGAUGACAGAAAGUCUGAAGCAGUAAAGAAGCAACAAGAUCAUCUUUCCCUUGUGCAGAAAGAGAGGGCUGUGUACAACGAGAUGACUGCUGCCUGCAAAAAGAUUUGCUCUGGCUCUAACCUGUCUUUUGGACCGUCCCUACCAGCAAGCAAGAAGAUUAGGAUGCAUUACAGUUUUGAUUUUGCUCAGCAGUUACACUUUCCCUCAAACCCUCUCCAGCCAGGACCAAUGUACUUCCUGACCCCACGGAAAUGUGGCCUAUUUGGUGUUUCCUGUGAAGGGCUGCAGAAACAGGUGAAUUACCUGAUUGAUGAAGGCAUGUCAUCUACUAAGGGAAGCAAUGAAGUCAUCAGCUACAUGCAUCAUUUCUUCGGCAACUUUGAGUUGGAGAAACAGAGGUGGAUCUUCAUUGUGACAACUGUAGUGGGCAGAACAAGAACAACUUCAUGCUCUGGUACCUUGCCUGGCGGGUUGGACACAAGCUUCACGAUAAAAUUGAAAUCCACUUCCUUAUUGCUGGCCACACCAAGUUUUCCCCUGACUGUGGCUUUGGACUCAUCAAGCAAGCCUACAUGAAGACAAGAGUCAACACUUUGGCAGACAUCGCUGAGGUUGUGGAAAACAGCUCUCCUGUGAGUCACCUCAAUAUCCCACAGCUUGUUGGAACGGCAGAGGGCAAAGUUUUAGUCCAGACCUUCGACUGGCAGCAGCAUCUGACUCACCACUUCCGUAGACUCCCACAGAUCAAGAGUUAUCAGCACUUCAGGUACUUAUAUUGAAACUUUCACAUUGUGUACAUACAAUAUAACAUAGUAACAACAUACACAUGACAGUAUUUUAUGAGAAAAUACUUUGCCAUGUUUAAAUUGUCGUAUGUGCUUAUUCUGUCACAGCUUUGAUGCCAAGAGACCAGGUGUGGUGCUUGCAAAAACUCACUGUGAUGCACAACCUGUCGAAUAUCAGCUACUGCGCGACGGAGCAGAUCUGCCCUCUAUCGACGGUCUUUCUGUCCUGGCCCCACCUGGACUGAACAUUGACAGGCAGACCUAUCUGUAUGAAAAAAUCAGGCCAUUCUGUGCUGACGAGGCAAGAUACAUCACAUGCCCAGCGCCAAGGGUCACAACACAGAAGAGACCGCGAAUGUAAUAUCAUUGGACUGUGUCACAAAGACCUUUGUCUUAUGCUGCUAUUACCAAGUAAAAGUGGUACUUUUGGUACAUACUUGGAUUCAUACUCAUGCCCUGGAAAGUUUUUGAAAAUAAACAUACAUAGAUACAGAUCCUUGAAAGUGC